CGCACGCCGGAAUAAGCGGCAAUGGCCGAAGGCGCCCGAAGCCUGAGCGGCGCACGGGAUGACGGGAUGCUGGAGGACUGAGGGGUGGCGAAGGGGGAGGCGGACAUGGCUGCUGUUAGGAGAGGAAGAACUUCAUCAGUUCUGUCAUCUGUUCCUUUACAGAUAUUGUUCUAUUUAAAUGGAUUUUAUUACAUCUUUUAUUUCUUGGCAACUCUUCUAAUGAUUAUUUAUAAAAGUCAAGUUUUCAGUUAUCCAGAUAAUUACUUGGGUCUUGAUCUUGCACUGCUGUUCAUUAUGGCCACUCUAGAAGCAAUCCGAUUAUACUUGGGUACAAAGGGUAACCUGACAGAAGAAGAGAUUCCACUAGGCAUCAGUCUAAUGAUUACUGUUGGCAGCAUAAUGUUGUCUGUCUACUUCCUGCUGUGGGAGACUUACGUGCUGAAAGCAGAUGUCAUUAUUAAUGCUAUUCUUCUUUUUACGUACGGGCUUGAGGGACUACUACAGAUCAUAGCCAUUGCUGCAUUUGUCAGCUAAAUCUCUGCUGCUCAAAGUUGUAAGGUACAUCUGCUUCCAACAUUUCUUCAGUAAAGGGACAACAUGCAUCUUUAAACAGUAAAGGUAUUUGGUUUCACUUUCUCCAGUGUAAAAUACUGAGGGGAACCUCAUCCUUAUAUUACAAGGUUUAAUAUAGCCCUAUUCCGGCACAGACCCCCAUGAAUAACCAGGUAGAAUAUCCUGUACAGUAGUUCUGUUCCAAUAAGUAGUUUGACUAAGUAGUUCAUUUAGUGGCAAUGUCCCUGCUUCAGGAAAACACUUAAGUACAUGCUCCGCUUUAAGUCUGAGUAAUUCCACUGCAGUCAAUGGGAGUGCUUCUGGGCUCAAAGUUACACACAUAUUCAAGUGUAUUCCUGCAUUAGGUCCAUGUGCUGACCUGCUGUGCCUAAAGAGGUACAUGUGUAUUUAAUCAAAAUUCUGCAUCAGAUAUUUGUAUCCAAAUCAGAACAAAUAUAAACCAAGAUGUUACUCUAGUUGUAUGUUGGUACAAUACCAUUGGUUUUAAUGAAAUCUCACUGGCAUAAAACUGGAGUAAUGCAAAGAUCAACCAGGCCCUAUCUACAUUAAAAGAAAAUACUGUGGGCUCAGUUCUGCACUACCAAGAUAACAGGGUAGUAUUUGAGGGCAGAAUUUUGUCCUGUUGUCCUUAUUCUGAUCUCACUUGUGCCUUUUACACCUUCGUAACUCCACUGACUUCAGUGGAGUUACUCUGGUUGAUACCAGUGUGUGAGAGAGCCGAAUCAGGUCUCCUCUAUGCAAAAGGGAGCUGAGUUAUAGCUGUUGUGGGAACUACAGGUCCGACCACUCCUCAUUUCCACUGAGGCCACAUCUCUGCUUUGCAAUGUAAAAGAUGGGGCUUUAAAAUGGGCAUGAAUGUUACAUCCCCUUUGUACUACCUGAGCAGUGUAGAAUGGCCUUUUUAUAAAUAAGAAUUAGGCCUUGAUUUUUCCUUUUGAAAGAUCAGCUUUAAUGUUGUGUAAGGUUUUUAUAGUCUCUAUAUGAUAUACCUAUUUUUAUAACUUUCCUUUCCUGUUCUGUUAAAUCACUAUUUUAAAAUCUGUUUGACUAAAUGCAAGCUAAGAUUUGCAGAUGACCAUGGGUUUUUGUAACAGUGUAAUCAUUGUUUUUUUUGUACAUAAUUAUAGUCUUCAUAUUCAUAUGUUUUAUUUUUGUAUCAUUUUAAAAAAAAUAAAGAAUUCAUUACACCCUAA